AUUCUUGGAGGGGCGGGACAAAUCCGAAUAUAACGGGACGUGUUCAUUAUUACUGCUGUGGACUAUAAUAAUCUUAAUAAUAUAACUGAUAGGCAGUGACAUUAUUGUGAUUAUCUAUAUUUGAGGUGCAGAGAGACAAGAGGAUGCUUGACAAAGAGUCGGGAAUACACUAAUUGAGAUGUCUCUGGCCCAGAGGGUGUUGUUGACCUGGGUCUUUACCCUGGUGUUCCUCAUCAUGCUGGUGCUCAAACUGGAUGGGAAGGUGCAAUGGAACUGGUUCCUCAUCUUUCUCCCAGUCUGGGUCUUUGACGGCAUCCUCAUCCUCAUGCUCGCCAUCAAGAUGGCGGGGCGCUGCAAACUUGGCUACGACCUGCGCAACGGCUCGUCGUCCCUGCGCCUACGCACCUGGUACUUGACCGCCAUGCUGCUCAAACUGGGCUUCUGCCUGACGCUGUGCGCCAAGCUGGAGAAGCUGGCCGACGUGAAGCUGACGUUUGUCUGCAUACCGCUGUGGACCAUGCUGCUGGGAGCACUGGUGGAGCUGGGGCUGAAUAUUUGUCCUGAAAGGAGAGAGGCUUGAAGCAGUGUUCUCUCAACACACUUUCUGAGUAAGAGACCUGCCCUAUAAAAGAAGCUGCUAGUUGGUCAAUCAAUCCCCAGAACUUCAAUUCUUUAGUGAAGAGCAGCUGUUUGUUAAUCUACUGUGAAGCCAACACUGAAGAAAAAAAAAAUCUCAUGAUCAGUAUUGUUUGUUUUCUUUUUUUUUAGUAUUUAAAUUGUUUACUUUGUAAUUGUUAUACUUGAGUUACAUGUGCUUUGGCUGCGUUCCUCCACACUUCUUUCAUUCCCCAGCUGGCAAAUUGGGAGUUAGCUUAGCAGCUAGCACUCACCAUCCUGUCAUUUAUCCUCUGGCUGCUCCUGGAUUUCUACAAGCUCCCUUUUCUACUCUAUAAGUAGUAAUGUGUCUCAAACCGUCACUCUCUGUGCAUGCAGAGUAAAUCCAAAUUAAACCCUUUAUACCAGCAGUUUAUUUGUGGUUUGGAUCUCAGCCGAAUUCAUUCUUGCACCACUAAUGUUUAUUUUGUGCCAACAAUUGCUCCAAACACUUUUUUUUCAGUAUAUACAUAUGUUUUUUUGCACUUUAUUUGACAAAAAAAAAAAAGAGAGAAGAAAACAACACUGCUAAGACUGUAUGCAUGUGAUGUAAUUAAUAAAUGUCUGAUUUCUAUGACACUGGGUGUAUUUUUUUGUUGCAGUUCAUAUUCAUACUUAAGAAUUUACAAAUGUUGGAGACUCACUUAUUAGGAGAUAAUAAAGCUGUUGGGGGGGAAAAUCUAAACAAGACAAUCUGAAAUAGCCUGAGGAGGAGGCACACCGCCAGAAGAGUGGCUGCCCUUUAAAGGAAACUUCAGCUCAUCUGACGUGCAGCCAGCACACUGCACUUGCAAAAGUUUGUCCAAUAUUAAACAACACUUAACUCGACAGAGGGAUAAUAACAGCAGCAGGAAAUGAUUCUCAGCAGGAAACUAAGUAGGGAGAAAAUUUAGUUUUGAAGGGAACUUGAGCCAAAGCAAACCAGCACUGAAUUAUGUAGCCACAGCUUUAGAGUGUGUGUGUGUGUGUUGUCUGCCUGAAUUAUAGUGGUGGUCUUCGUGACGCAGACUGCAGGCAGCGAGUGGUUGCAUAACAGCUGUAAAGAAUGUACAGGCAGG